CUAGCCAGGACACCAUGGCAUGACAGUAUCCUUCUUUCAAAUAAUAGGCCUUCAACAACAAAAAUGUCCUGGAGUACAUGACACAGGAACAUGACACAAUGUGUACAUUUUUAGCAGCAUCGUUAUUGGUAUGAAAGAAAUUCAAUGAUAUGCAACACUGGAUGGAUCUGAGCCUGAUUGACUUGAGUAGAUGUCCAGAAGACGGACAUUACCACCUCUUUGUAAUUCGCAAAGCGCAAGUCGCUGAUUUGAUUGGCUGUCCCGUGUGCCACAGGAAGAGGCUACUAAGAGAGGUGUUCAUUGAUUGGUUCGUUCUGUCUUUGUAUGCCAGGCAGCUGAGCAGCUUGUCGGUUUGAAUGUGCAGGGAUUGGAAGGGACCAUUUCCAUGGACCAUCUGUCUCACAGGCUAGCGAUACAACAAAGGACCCAGGAUGGUGUUAGUACAUGUCGGAUAUUUGGUUCUUCCCGUAUUUGGCUCUGUAAGAAAUAGAGUAUCGAGGCUGGCGCUACAUUCCGCAUAUCUCAGACCUUUGUCCCCUUCCAUUGUGUUGCUAACGAUCAUCUGCUGCUGUCUGCCGUAGCCUCUGCCUGUUCUCUGCAUCUAGCUGUAUUGUGAACCCCUUCUUCCUCAUUUCCUAUUUCCAUCUGAAGACGACAUUGGCAUUAAAACCCGAGUUCUCCCACUCAUACCCGCAAGGAACAAGUGAUGUCUUUACCUUGACAUAUACACUUAGAUGCAUAAUUCUCUCUUGCUUCAAUAUGGAAUGACACCUAGCUGUUCAGGAGCACACUUCACCAGGCAUCAGCACAGCCAUGCUACCUCCUGCCGACAUUUUAACCUGGUGGCCCCCCAGGCUCCCAUCUCAGCAGAGUUCCCCCUGGGCCAUGCCAGCCAGCCCCCCCAGACUGGCCUGGCCCCUCACCUGUCCCCAGCCCCCCACCAACCUCCGGCCCUGCCGGCCCCCCCUCAGUUCCAGGACGUCCAGGGGCCUCCGUUUCUACCUCAGGCCUUACACCAGCAAUACCUCAUCCAGCAGCAGCUUCUAGAGGCGCAACACCGCAGGAUCCUCCCACACCCCCGGCGAACACAGGAGCGCGUUCCUCUGAACCCUCACAGGCUCCGCUCGGGGUAUGACUACACCCCUCCCCUCCACGUCCCCCAGCCAAUCAGCCAACAGCCGCGCUACCUGGCCGAGGGCACAGACUGGGACCUCAGUGUGGACGCUGGCCUCUCUCACCAUCAGUACCAGCUCCAGCAGCUUCCACAGCACUAUCAGCAUUACCUGGCGGCAUCCCCCAGAAUGCACCACUUUCCCAGGAACACGACUUCUACUCAAGUGGUUGUACACGAGAUCAGAAACUACCCAUACCCCCAGCUACACCUGCUGGCUCUACAGAGCCUCAACCCCUCACGCCACGCUUCGGCUGUACGAGAGAGCUAUGAGGAGCUGUUGCAGCUUGAAGACAGGCUGGGAAGUGUCAGUAGAGGAGCAGUUCAGACCACCAUAGAGAGAUUCACCUUCCCACACAAAUACAAGAAGAGGAAGCCUCUGGAUAUGAAGAUUGGUGAGAAAGACGAGGAGACUGACGUGGAUGAGAAAUGUACCAUCUGCCUGUCGAUGCUGGAGGACGCAGAGGAUGUCAGGCGGUUACCCUGCAUGCACCUCUUCCACCAGGGCUGUGUGGACCAGUGGCUGGCGACCAGCAGAAAGUGUCCAAUCUGCCGCGUAGACAUCGAGACGCAGCUCCAUCCUGACAGCUGAUGGCCCGGGGGUGAAGCCUGACGGCCUGGCUGCUGUCAAUCACCCUGGUGUGUUUCCUGCUCCCAUCCACCCAGGCCCUGGUCCCUCCUCACACGGGUGCUUGCCAAAUGUCUCCAGACGUCAUGUGACAUCACCCUCUGACUCACGCUUUACUGAGCCAAUCCAGGAUUAUUUACUGCACGAGAGAAUGGAGUUUCUCUCUCUUCCUCUCUCUCAAUAAAAGCACAUCCCCGGCAAAAAGACACACACACACACACACACACCCACACACACACACACACACACAGGGUUUACUAGUUGCUUGCUGGAGGUGGGGUGUUGUUGCCGUCGUGUUGUUGUAGGUAGGGGAGGCAGGUGUGUGUCCUGUUUCCUGUGUCUUUGUAGCAUGUUCUUAAAGCCAUGACAUUAAUGUACUGAGUGAAAAACACACUACCCCACUUGCCAGCUGGCCACACACACACACACACACACACACACACACCUUGCUUAUUCUGCCACAACAGGAAUCUAAAUCAAUCACGUAAAAGCCCUGUCGCCAUGUUUGCCUACAGAUAAUUUGUGGUAGUACAGUAGCAGUAUCAGACACAGCAAUACAGUAGUUGUACAUUUGCUUGGGACUGAUGCUGUCAUCAGUGUUGGGACAUAAUACGACUAUUUCACCGCUGCCAUGUCAGCCUGCCCCAAUGCAUGGGUUGGCGUGUGUUUGAGUAAAUACACAGGUUAGUGAGUGUUUCACCAAAAGAGUUAUGGUAUCGCUUGACCUGCUGCAGCACGGGUUAAUGUGUGUGUUCUGCCCCAGUGUGUGGGUUUCAGUGUGUAUAUAACCAAUGCGUGAUCAUGCGUGACAAACUUAGUGCGGGUUCAAGUGUGUAUCAAGGGUUAAAGGGGAAUAUAGAAGUUAGAUUAACGGUGGUUUGAUUGGAGUGCUUGUAGAAUACAAAGCCAAAUAAGGACUUUAAAAAAUGCAAAAAAGAAAUGUGGUAAGACCCAAUCCCCCAUCAUGCACUGCAGUGACUGGGUGAGGUGUGGGGCAUUCUGGGUAUGCAGGAGGGUUAGCUGCCCUGGAAACAGCGACUCUGUGCCAUCCCCUCCUGGCGCAGGCGUUAUGGCUGAGCAGUGUAGUGAAAUGCAUGUUUCAAUGUUGGCUUGGGCUGUUGUGUUAGCGUACAAAAAAAUUAUAAGGGGAGGGGAGGGGGUUGUCUGUGCAUGACUUAGUUAAUCUGAGCUGUGACUAUCUUUCUCAACACUAACAAAGAAAAAAUAACUGAGCACCAUGUCAGUGGCUGUCCCUGACCUGUAGCGUGUGUUCAUCCUGCCCCUUUUUGGUGGCAAACAAAAUGGAAUCUUAUUGUGACGUUUACCUUAUUGCCUAAAGAACAAGCACAUGUGAUGAUAGAUAUAGCAACAACCUCUUUCUUUGGUAUUGCAUUUGCGUUGGUUUCUGUAUAUUUAGGUAUAUAAACACGCAAUGUUUUGGACCGAGUGAGGAGCUUAGUUGUUGAACUUGUGUUUUUGUGUGACAGAUCUCCCCUCGUUGUUGCUAUGCUGGUUUCUAUGCUGUAUUGCUAGAACAACAAUGUAGAAUGUUGUGUGAUGGGGGCAGUAUCCACAGUGCACACGGACAGACGGGGGGGGGGGGGGGGGGGGGGGGGGGGGGGGGGGGGGGGAUUUAAAUGUUGAUAUUUUAUGUUUUCCUUUUGAUCUGUUGCCCUGUGACGUUUAAGUCAAUGUGCAUAAACAGUACAUAGCAGUGCCAAUCCUUAAGAACCUAUCUGUCAUAUGCAUUGUGGACUGAGUAUUGAAGCAUUAGGAAAAAUUGAAUUGCCCUGUGGACUUAGUUGUGAAGGAUUGGGACAGACCCUUACUGACCUGUGCACUGCCAGUGUUGAUACUGCCUCCUCCUUUAGUGGAGUUUUCUAUGGGAUGUUUUGAUAGUUUACACAGGGUGUUGUCAGUUGAGAUGCCUUAAGUAUUUAACAAUCAUAAUUUAUUACUAACUGUAGAUAUCAUGGGUACAUAUUUAAUUUGAUAUAGUUUGUUUUGUUGCAAUUUAAUCAAUUUAUUUAGAAAUAACAAAAAAUGAUUUACCUCAUUUUUGCGUUGUUUUAAAUGGGAAUGCUCCGCAUGUAGUUGUAUUUUUCCUGAAGAAAUUAAACAAAAAAGCCCUGCUGUUUGAUCUCUCCCCGAGCCGGCUGUGCUAUGUUUACUGUCCCGAGCUGAGCUGUCUGGCCUGCUCUUCUCAUGUGGUGCUGUGGAUAUCUUGGUUACAUUCCAUUCAAUGCAAUUUUCCCUUAUCCCCUAUGCUGUGACGUAGUGGACAAACUGCAAUGAAAUGAAAUGGUUUUUAGUUUAAUUGUUUUCCUGUUUCUCAUUUUGCACUCUUAGUUUUAACAUGGGAACCCUCUCACUGGCAUAACAGUUUACGAACAUAGAUGUAUUAUCAUCAUUAUUAUAUACUCUGUCAUUUCCAGCUCUCUGCGUCUCAUCCUUCUAUCCAUUCUGUCUGUUACGAAGCAUGUUCCUUCUCGUCUUUGUCAUGGGAUAUUUCUCCUUACCUCUUUUCCAGAAAAACAUGUCGUUUUGAGUCCAACAAGUGCCUCGCUUCUAGUGUCAAGAGAUAUUACCUUAUGAUUUAAACCGCACUAAUUUACCCAAAAUCCAUGUCCAAAUAGUGUAUAAUGUUGUCUUUCCUCCCUUAUUCCCUCCUUUCUCUUUUUAAGGUCACCACUGACCAACCUGCAAGGUGAAAUAAAUAUGUCAGCCCCCAUAAGUGAAGUGUGGGAUCAUCCGGUGGUGUGGUUGGCAUAUUAAUGCUUUCACUAACCAAAUAUAUCUGUGAUUACCUUAUGAGAGAAAUGAAAGCAGCUAUUUAGGAGUAUUUGGACAUAACUAAAAAAAGGAGAACAACUGGUUCAACUCUAAAUCGUACCUAAUCAGACCAUUCCUUUAAAAUAACUUUGUUUUAUAAAAAAUGUAUGAAAUAUUUGACCAAAACCUUUCUACAAAGAGGCACGUUUCACUGUGUUCAUCGACGCUACACUAAUUAUUCCCAUCUUUCACUUUCCCUUUAUUUUUUCAUGACCGUCCAUCCCUUCCGUCACUCAGAACCCAUCCAAUGUUUCCCUUCACAAUCCUCUCUCAAGGGAAAACAAGAACAGAGGAUCUCUUAAAGCACAAACUAACUAAAAAUGCAUGUAUUUCUCAGGUUUGGAUAUAUAUAUAUAUAUUCUCGAUGAUAUAUAAGUAUAUGGUGAAAAUAUUUGCAGAUUACACUAAGAAUAAUACAAAUAAUUCAUUUUGCUGCUGCUUGCAUCUGACAAACAAAAACUGAAGGAAAGAGAAAAUAUCCCAAAAAGUGCCAGUGAAAGGGCAACCGCCACCUUUGUAUGAGAUAUCUGCUGUUUUAGCUGUGACUGCGCAAUGUUUUUCAAUAUAGGAUAUUUUAUCGGAGAGUAGAACUAUUUAUCAUUAAUAUUAAAGCAAUAGCUCAUUAAUGAUGAGUGUGUUGAUGAAGAACUGGAUGAGCGUAUUGUGUAAAAUGUUAGAUUCACAUUUGGUGGAAUUUUGUACUUUAUUUAUUACUACUAAUAAUGAUUUUAAAAGUUGCAUCGCUAAACCCAAACUGUUCUCUUUUUUUUCAAUUUUAUUUCAAGGCUUGUAUAUUAUCCUUUUUGUAUGUGCUCUUUUUGUAAUAAAUUGGAUAAAAUGGAA